GACAGAAUGAGUAAGUAAACCCCAUUAAAAAGGGCCGAUGAUAGAAAAACACCGUGGAAUUAAACGAGAGCACUAAUCUCAUUUAAUUAGUUACAGGUAAAAAGAGAGUCAACUAACUAAUUAAUGGUUAGAUCUCUCUCUACUUCCCCUUGAUUUGUUACAGUUUACUCUCUUCUUAACCAUUUUUGAAAUUUGAAAAGAAAUUUUUUGAUUGGACAUUUUUUCUUUUAAAAAAAGAAAUAAUAAGAUUGUUGAUGUAGCCAUAGAAACCGGGAGGCACAAAAAACGGCAACCAAAGAAAGGAAAGGAAAGAAAGAAAACAAAAGGAGUCCAAGAAACCAGAAGAUUGUCUCCCGACGCCAUUAUCCUUCACCCUCGGAGCUUUUCUUGAAGCAGGGAUUCUUCUAAUCAUUAAUCCCUACUUCUUUCUUUCUUUUUUGUUUGUUCUCCUUUGAGAUCUAUCUAGUACUAGUAGUAAAACCCCCUCCCCUCCAUUGAAUUUGAAUUGAAUUGAAUCUCUGGGAAUCAAAUCUUUGAUGUCGCAUCUGGACGACAUUCCUUCUACGCCUGGGAAAUUCAAGAUGAUGGAUAAAUCCCCCUUCUUCCUGCACCGUACUCGUUGGCAAUCCUCCGUCGCCAAGCUUGCCUUUUGGUCCCUUGUCUUUUUCGGAUUGCUCUUCAUCUUCUUCUACCGAUCUCCCAUCUCCAAUCCCGAUUCCUCUCGCCGCUCUCUUCGCACCUACUCUUGGGGCGGUCCCGCCUGGGAGAAACGCGUCCGAUCCUCCGCUCGUGUCCGCACCCGCAACGGCGUCUCCGUUCUCGUCACCGGGGCCGCCGGUUUCGUCGGGACUCACGUCUCUGCCGCUCUUAAACGACGCGGCGACGGCGUUCUAGGCCUCGACAACUUCAACGAUUACUACGACACCUCUCUCAAGAGAUCUCGACAAGCCCUCCUCGAGAGAAGCGGAGUGUUCAUCGUUGAAGGAGACAUCAACGAUCUGUCUCUCCUCAAGAAGCUCUUCGAGGUCGUCCCUUUCACUCACGUCAUGCAUCUUGCCGCUCAAGCUGGUGUCAGAUACGCCAUGGAGAACCCCGGCUCCUACGUUCACAGCAACAUCGCUGGUUUCGUUAACCUCCUCGAGGUCUGUAAAUCCGCUAAUCCUCAGCCGGCGAUCGUGUGGGCAUCGUCUAGCUCCGUCUACGGUUUAAACACCAAAGUCCCCUUCUCUGAGAAAGACAGAACAGAUCAGCCUGCGAGUCUCUACGCUGCGACCAAGAAAGCUGGAGAAGAGAUUGCCCACACUUACAACCACAUCUACGGGCUCUCUCUCACCGGCUUGAGGUUUUUCACGGUGUACGGGCCGUGGGGAAGACCUGACAUGGCUUACUUCUUCUUCACCAGAGACAUCCUCAAAGGGAAAGCUAUUUCGAUCUUCGAAGGAGCCAAUCACGGAACAGUGGCUAGGGAUUUCACAUACAUCGAUGACAUAGUGAAAGGAUGUUUGGGGGCUCUGGACACGGCGGAGAAGAGCACAGGGAGUGGUGGCAAGAAGCGGGGAGCGGCUCAGCUAAGGGUAUUCAACCUGGGGAACACAUCUCCGGUGCCGGUGACGGAUCUUGUGAGUAUAUUGGAGAGAUUGUUGAAAGUGAAAGCCAAGAGGAACAUGAUGAAGCUGCCGAGGAAUGGUGAUGUGCCCUUCACACAUGCUAAUAUCAGUUCGGCACAGAGAGAGUUUGGGUACAAACCAAGCACGGAUUUGCAGACUGGUCUAAAGAAGUUUGUGAGAUGGUAUCUUGGUUACUACAAGCAGGGGGGAAAGAAAGUUGCUGCUGCUGCUUGAAUAUUGAUAAUUCACAAGAUUCUUUAGUGUAUAGUGAGUGAGUGGAUUGAUACACACCAUAAAGAAGAGACAUGAUUCAUUCGAGAUUAUAUAUUCUUUACAUUUGUAUUCUGCUUUGUAAUUUCGAUCUCUUGAGUCGAAUCUCUGAUAUUUAUUUCAUAGGAAGUUCACAUUAAUCUCUGUUAUUCAACCGAUGGAGCCAGAGAGAGUAAUGAAUAUGAUAUAUACAUUAUGCUAUAAAGCUGAA